AUGGAUGAAUUUCUCUUGCAACACGUUGGGCGCCAUCAGCAACUGGUUAGGCAAUUCAAACCCAAGCCUAGGCCGAACGAAGGAGACCCAGUCACUAGUUCCAAUAUUGCUGUCUCGACGCGCAUACGGCCCAUGCUCGAUGAUGAAACCUCCUCCGGUCAAGUCCCUGCAGCCUUUGCUCGGGCUGGUGAGAGUGGAGUUGUGGAUCUUCAUGAGCUGAGAAGGGUCGUUAGGGGUCCACCGCCAUUGAAUUCUUCGUCUUUCCAAGUAGGGAAAGUGUUUGGCGCUGAUCGCAGUACGGACUUGAUCUAUGAAGAUCUUGUACAACCACUUCUUCCCUGGGUUUGGGAAGGAGGUAUUGGUACUCUGUUUACCUAUGGACAGACCGGCUCCGGGAAGACCUAUUCUGUCAGUGGCAUAGAGCGUCUGGUAGCUUGUGCCUUGUUCGAUGGGACUCUACAAGGACAGCGCAGGUUGCACGUUUCCAUAUUUGAAUUGGCUCGGAACUCGGCAUUCGAUCUGUUAAACUUCCGCGCACCAUUCCAAAUCCUGGAGGACUCCUUCGGCGAUACCCAGCUAGCUGGAGCAAAAGAGUACAAGGUCGCCAGCACUGCCGAGCUUCUGGCCCUGAUUGAGCAGGCUACCUCAUUCCGGCAAACAGCUUCUACGGAGAAGAAUGACGGAUCCUCUCGCACACACGCCAUCUGCCGCAUUAGGAUCCAGGAUCCAGUCCAGGCUACCCUGGAUGAUGGUAUCCUAUAUCUCGUCGACCUCGCAGGCUCAGAGGCUGCUCGUGACAUUUCAAAUCACACUUCCGAACGAAUGAAAGAGACACGUGAGAUCAACAUCAGCCUUUCUGUAUUAAAAGACUGUAUCCGAGGACUGGCAAAUAUGGACAAUUCUUCUUCGAAAUACAAGAAGCAGUAUAUUCCAUUCCGGCAGAGUAUGUUAACAAAGGUCCUCAAACAUGUCUUUGAUCCCUCUGGGAAUCGCGAGUGCAAGACUGCAGUGCUAGCUUGUAUCAAUCCUAGCCUGCUGGAUACCGGGGUGAGCAAAAGUACUCUUCGGUACGCGGAGAUGCUCCGGUCCGCGGAAACGAAAGUGAUGUCUUCGGCAUAUAACCCCGAUGUACCAUCGACGUGGAAUAACAAGGAACUUCGAAACUAUAUCAAAAUCAAAUCUGGUAGUCCCUCGAUCUCCCCGUCUGUUCUUGCGCCGCAUGAAACCGGCCAGCAGCUUCUCCAGCUAUCGACUUCCCAAUUCCUUCAACGCUGUCUCAAGUCGGACGGUGUAACUGGCGAUCAAGCUAAAUCGUUCCAUGCCAAAUUUUGGAGGUUACACAUUGACUCACAAAGGAGCUCGAGAAAGGUUACCGCGUCCAGCAAGAAAGAGCGAAGUCUUUGCAAAAAUGUUCGAUCCGAUAAAUGUUCAUCAAGCCGUGAUCCCGCGUUCGAGGGUAAAUACAACGUACCAAACUUCAAGGAGCGCAUCCGGCCAGGCAUGGUAAUCCGCUGGACUCCAUCAGCAGAGACCAUCUCGGUCUCUCCGAAGCAGAGCUUAGCUGUUGUGCUAUGUCCCCUAGCCGAGGAUGAAGCACAUGUACAAUGUUUCCUGGGGAACAAAGCCAAUGAAGCAUCUCAUACUGCACAACGCUACCUUUGUGGGACGGUCUCGUCAGGGACACUAGCGGAGGCGUACGAGAUCAAUUUGUGGGCCCAGGUGGUUAUCGAUGUGAAAGAUAUGGAGGCGGAGGUUCUACUGGAGUACGAUGCAGCCACACGAUACUACCAUACAACCGUGUAG